CUGCUGCUCGCUUGCUGACAAGGUUGGCAGUGGCGCCGAAGGGUCGGGCAGCCUCCCCGGCGGCCAGGAGUCCGCACCGCCUCGCGAGGAGAAAAGUCUCCCCCGGAAAGCCAGCGAGGGGAUCGGGGCCCAGCAGCAGCAGCAGCAGCAGGCGGCGGCGGAUGGGAGCUCUAUCGCCUGCCAGCCCAUUGGACUGGGAAAAUGGGGGCAACCCACCGGCUGAAUGGAUCCCGCGCUCCCAGGGCUCAGGGCUGCGGCAGCCCAACAGCGAAGUGGAACUUGGUGAGAGGAACUUCAAAGUGACCCUGCAUUGCAAGCACACCCGGCCCAGAGAAUUGAAGUGUAACAGCAGGAGCAGCAAGGCAGAAGGUCAAAGUUCCAUGUUUGCAGACCCUCAUGCUAGCAACUGCUCUGCGAAGAGGCACGCUGGUGAAGACGAAUUAAGGAGGCGCCUGAAAUCCCAGGUCCCGUCCCUACCGUCAGGAGGCAGCAUCCAUAGUUCUUCUGAUUGUUCCCGAGAGCCAAAGUUCUACCAGGCAGGACAUCCUGGUCAAAAAGCAUCCACGUGUCCAGCAGAGAAAGCCUUGUCGUUCGGUAUGCUCAGCUUUCCCGAGGGUUCUUGCUCAGCAUUAGGCCGGGACCCCAAAUCUGGCUCUCUUCGUCACGCUGAGACAGCUGACCGGUGCAAGAACCUCCACAGCCAGAGCAACACCAAGACAGAGGACCUGCAGCCAGCUAGCGCUCUGGACUGCCCUAGUGUUGCCCGGGCCCUGGAUGAGACAGCCACACAAGACAGAGCUGCCAAGACCUUCUCCAAUGCCACUUUGGCUUCGGGCAGGUGCAACAUUGACAACAUCAUCUCCCUGCUAAAGAGCAAGUGUGGCAACGGGCGCAUCAACCUCUACCCUGUGGUGCAGCUUAUCGAUAUCAUGAAGGAUAUCAACCGUCUCUCCCAGGAUCUGAAGAGCUGUGGCGUUCACCUGGACUGCAGCGGCCUACAGUUCAACAGCCAUGCACCACCCAAUGAGGAAGGCCGGGAUCAGGGGCUGCAGUACAGCUUCUACUCCUCGCCCGUGCUGGCCAACAGCAUCCGUAGCCCCGAAGAGCAAGUGGCACAGGGCUGUACCAAAGCCGAUCUGCCCAAGGAAAGUCGACCUAGCCUCUACAUUGAAGAGGCAGAGGGGGACAAUCAGAUUACCCAGUACUCAGCCUGCCAGAGCAGCCCUGCUUUGAAGGCACCCAGCAGCCUAGAUGAGGGCAGCAGCUCGGAAUCUGAUACCACCGACUAUACCGAGCUGGCCGACACGGAUAUCUUGAGCGAGCUGGCUUCUCUGGCCUGCCCAGGCCCUCAGCUGCUAGAGCAUGAGCACCCAGAGUCCCACUCCCAGUUGCUAGAAAGCCAGGAACUAGAGACGAGGUCCCAGUUAAUCAGCUCACCGUCUCUGGAACACCAGCCUCAGCUAGUAGAUUCCAAGUCUCUAGAGCCUCCUCCAGAGCCACUGGCCUUGCAGACCGUGGAUCCCUUGCCGGCUCCCCUUGGGCUGCAGACUCUAGAGCCUCUGGAGCUGCAGACUCUAGAACCGUUGUCUGACUCUCUCUCUCUCCAAUCCCUGGAGCCCCUUUCUGAGCCAUUAGGGCUACAGUCUUUAGGGACCCUGGAUCACCAAUUGCUCGACUCCCAAGCUCACCUUCUGGAUCCCGAGGCUCAGCUGCUAGGCCCGCUUCCCAAGCUGUUAGACUCCCAGCCACAUCUGGGGACAGACGAGUCCCUAGGAACACACCCGUUACAACCCCAGCCCCGCCUUGGAGGCUGCUCUGUGAGAGGAGUGGUGAGGCGAGGGGCAGGACGGGGCAGGGAUGAUCACAGGAAAUAUGCUCUACGCAGAACAGAUAAACCAAAGAUUCUCUGCCGUCGGAGGAGGGGAGGCCGGGGACGGCGGGCAGAGGUGGUAGCUGAGACCAGGGUCCUCCCCAUGCCCGUACCAGUGGAAGUGGUAGUGGCGCAGCCAGAGGAAGUGAGCAUGCCCGUGGUGGCUGCAUCAGCAGAUGAAGUGGAUCCUCUCCUCUCGACCUUGGACCUAGAAGACAGUCAGAAGGCUGCUGCCAAUCUGCCAGCCCCAAAGCCCAAAUGCCGUGGGGUGCGCAGGAUGGUGGUGAAGAUGGCCAAGAUCCCAGUUUCCCUCGGGAGGCGGAACAAGACUACAUACAAAGUCUCCUCUCUGAGCAGCAACUUGAAUUUGGAAGGCAAAGAGCUGACGUCUUGUAACUCGAUGGAACCUACCCCACUGCUGAAGAUGAAGAACAACGGCCGUAACGUCGUUGUGGUCUUCCCUCCUGGUGAGAUGCCAAUUAUCCUAAAGCGAAAGCGGGGGAGGCCCCCUAAAAAUCUAAUGCUGGGGCCCUGCAAACCGAAGGAGCCCACCCCAGAGGUGAAGAAACGGAGGAGGAGGAAGCAGAAACUGGCAUCGCCACAACCCUCUUAUGUGGCCGAUACCAACGACAGUAAAGCCGACUACUCAGAUGUCCUGGCAAAGCUGGCCUUUCUAAACCGUCAGAGCCAAUGUUCGGCACGUUGCUCCCCACCACGCUGCUGGACCCCAAGUGAACCGGACUCCAUCCACCAGGCCCCUGACACUCAAAGCAUCUCCCACUUUUUACACCGGGUCCAGGGGUUCCGCCGGCGUGGUGGCAAAGGAGGUGGGUUUGGCCGUGGAGGAAGCCACUCCGCCCGCUCAUCUCGCUGCUCCUUUAGCGAUUUCUUUGAAGGCAUCGGCAAGAAGAAGAAGAUAACCCCGGUAGCAGCCAUGCAUGCAGACCCUGUACACCCACGGAAACGAGGUCGACAAGAACCAGACUCCAUGGACAAGCCCAAAAGAAAGAGGCGGUCCCGCAAGAACGGGGUGUUGUUUCCAGAGCAGAACCUUGGGCAGAACUUCAAUGAUGGGGCCUGUGAAUGGAGUGGAGACAAAGAGAGCCCUUGGAUGCCCCACCACGGACAUCUCUCCAGCCAGACAAACAGGAACUGCAGUUACCAAGGUGCUGACUCUCGAACCUUCCAUUCUUCCACAGUGGAGACCAGUUCUUCCAGCAGGAGUGGAUUUUACAGUGGGAGUAAUCCGUCGUCACAAUCUGAGUUAAGCCAGGAGAGACACAGUCUUUUCACGGGCUACUUCCGCUCCUUGCUAGAUUCGGAUGAUUCCUCUGAUCUACUGGACUUUGCUCUCUCAAAUACCCGCUCUGAGUCCCGGAAAUCCACUACCACCUACACGGCCCCUCCCAACGCCAUAGCUACCCAGAGGGGCAUGGCAUCAUACCCGAGCCGGGGAGGCAAAGUGACACCGGCCUCCACCACCACUACUGCAACUACUGAGGCACCCUUCCAUACAGUCAUGCCAAGCCGGCAGUCAUUUCCUCCCAACAGAGCGACAGGAUACAACAUGUCUCAGGCUCCUUCGGAGUGCCGUGGCGCAGACACCUUCCAAAAGCUGGCACCGCUUUCAGCUGUCUCCAGGUCACCCACAGCUCACUCCUCAGCCGCCUCCAGCUAUGCACAGUACGGCAGCUACAGCAGCAGUGGAGGGCAGAACGUGACCUCCUCUAGCCUGUUCCAGCAAGGGAAGCCAUACCAUGCCACACAGGACUGCCCGAACAACAAAGACUGCAGCUUCACCUAUGGCAGUGGGAACAGCCUGCCCUCGUCGCCAAGCAGCGCCCACAGCGUCAGCUACACCCAGCAGACUUCAGCCCCCAGCUUGCCCUUGAGUAAGGCCUCCUUCUUCAGCAGUUCAGACCCCAGCCAGUUCUCCAGCUCCUCCCACACCCCCAUGCGGUGUGAUAGUCGUGCCAGCACUGUGUCCCCUGGCGGCUACAUGGUUCCCAAAGGUUCAGCCUCCUUCCAGCCUUCGCCCGAGAACUGUCGGCAGUUCCCCAGUGCCUCCCAAUGGUCUUUCCGGCAAGGCUACAGCAGCCUGGACUGGAGCUCUGACACCUUCAGCCAGCUCUACAAUCCCGGCUUCGACUGCCAUAUCAACGAGCCCAACGUCAUCCUAGAUAUCUCCAACUACACACCACAGAAAGCCAAGCAGCAAACGGUGUCUGAGACCUUCUCCGAGUCCUCUUCGGACAGCACUCAGUUCAACCAGCCAGCCGGGUAUCGAAGGGCCAACAGUGAGGCCUCGUCUAGCGAAGGUCAGUCCAGCCUUUCUAGCCUGGAGAAACUCAUGAUGGACUGGAAUGAGUCAUCUUCCGCCCCAGGUUACAACUGGAACCAGAGUGUCUUGUUCCAAAGUAGCUCCAAGCCAGGACGUGGAAGACGAAAGAAAGUGGACAUAUUUGAUGCUGCCCACCUGAAUUUCACAACGUCUGCAUAUCCCUCCAAGCGGGGCACAGGGGCCAGGCAGCCUCGGGGCUCCCGGGGAGCCUGUGCCUCCAAAAAGGAGAGAGGCACAGGGAAAACCAAGUUCCCUGCCAAAUCCCAGCCGGUGAACCCGCUGUUCCAAGACAGUACUGACCUUGGCCUAGAUUACUAUAGUGGAGACAGUAGUAUGUCCCCUCUGCCCUCCCAGUCCCGGGGCUUUGGGCUCAGUGAAAGGGAUCCAUGUGACUACGCGGGGCCUUACUCCAUGAAUCCCUCCACUCCUUCUGACGGCACCUUUGGGCAAGGGUUCCAGAGUGACUCCCCCGGACUCGGGCAGCCAGACCUGGAGAGCAAACAUUUCCCCAGCCUCCCUCACCAGCUGGCUGCCCCGCCCCCUCCACAGACUGUGUUUGAAACAGGCUUGCAAAAAGCUUUCUCGCCCAACUGCUCCCCGACCCUGGCCUUUAAAGAGGACUUACGGUCCGGUGACAUCCGGAAGCUUCCAGCCUGCGACUCGCUCAAACACACCAUGCAAGGGGCCGGCGGCAUGUCCCAUUCGGCUGCACACAUGACCUGCCGGGACCUGCCCAUGUCCCAGCCACACUACGAUUCUCCCAGCUGCAAAACCCCUGGCUAUUGGUACUCCCCCACCGCUAGCACUCGCAGCCCCCCCUACGACAACAAAGCUGGGGUCGGGAUGCUCCUGGACUUCAUGGGGAGGAGCCCGGAUGCUUCCUGCCUCAACCCCCACCUGACUAGCCCCCCCAGCACCAACCCUUCUAAGAGCGAGAAGGAGCCCAUGGACAUGGCCAGGGCUCACCACCGGGGGGCCUACAUUUGCCCCUUGAUGAACGACUUGAAUAUCUCCCCAGUCCCGAGAGACUCUGUGCUGCCGCUGCAGGACAACUACAGGUACCCCAGCUUUGCCCCGCAAGGGCACUCCAUCAUGGCCGCAGCCCAGAAGAGUGGGUUUUUGGGUCCGAUGCUAGAGCAACACCCUGAGGACACGUUCACAGUCACCUCAUUGUAGUGUCAUCUGAAGUGCCAACCGGACAACGAGGUUUUGUUUCAGGAGCUACUUUAGCCAGCACUUUUUCUGGAACACUUUUCAAGUUCUGUAUUUAAUGGAAAUCAAAAAAAAAAAAGAUCUUUUUUGUUUGUUUGUUUGUUUGUUCUUUUGGGUUUUUUUCUAUAAAAAAGAAAAAAGGAAAAGAGGGGAAAGGAGAGAGAGAGAUAAAUACCCUUUUUUAAAAAAAGAAAAGAAAAUAUAUUAAAAAAAAAUAAAAACUCGCUUUCUUUGAGAACGGCAUGGAGGCGAUUUUUUUUAGAACCAGACCGUGUCGUGAACCCUCUUUCCACCCUGCAGUCCAGCAGAAAGACAAUCGAACAGGAAUGGACGCCACCCGGGCGCAGCGUGAAAGCCUGGGGGUUGCUCUGACCCACUCCCGCCCACCCCCUACAGCAUGUGUACAAGAAACACACCUGGAAGGCAACCGGCAACAAAUAGGGACAGCCUCGGGGAACAGGACAUUGUUUUUUGUUUCUUUUUAUGGGGGGAGGGAAAAGAAAACCGUCUAAUCUGUGAACUCAAAUGAAAACUCAGUGAUGAAGACUGAAGACUCAGCAUUUUCCUCCUCAUCCCGCCCCCCCUCCCCCACUUGUGCGGGUUUCUUUAUUUUUCUCCCAAUUUGUUUGCUUUUUUUUUUUUAAGAGAAAAUAUUUUUGUUGCUUAAUAUCUUUGGAGAGCCCAGAAGAUUUUUCAAGUCUAUGAAUGGAUCUUGGAGACACCGUUAUCUCCCAUUUCCACAACCGACGAGUGGAGCCUCCCCCAACCACGCUAUGCUCUUCCAACAAACUGACAGCCAUCCCCAGCUCCUCUUGACAGUUCUUCUUUGCAGGGGAUGGAAGGGACGGGAGUUCCACCGGAAACAUCCUCGUUCACCGAAGUCCCAGCGAGAAGAAGGAAACUUCCCGUCGCCUUCCCCCCUUAUGUCUUACUGUACUCUUCUGUGGUGCCACCUUUUCCUCUUUUCCCCUCUGUCCAAGGUCUGUCACUGAGGUGCUUAUGUCUCCUCUAUUGAGAAGCAAGUUGGGCUUGCUGGGGGGGUGGGGAGGCGGGUGGGAAACGGGGGCUUUCUGCACAAAACCAGCAAUUGUAAAUACUUUUGAAAAAUGUAAAAAAUUAAAAAUUAAAAAACCAAUACAAAAAAAAGCAAACAAAAUGAAAACACACAAAUGUUUUCAGAAUCAGAAAUAAAAGGGGGAAGAGUCCAGAGAGAGAAUCCAAGCAGGAGAGAAGCUAACUGUGUCGGGUAUGCACUGAGAAAUCUAUUUGCAGAUGGUUUGACAAAAAAGUAACAAGAAACCUAUUUAUUGUAUAUAAUGUUUUAUUAUAAAUCGUGUAUUGUAUAUUGCAUCUGUACAUCUGCUGUGGUUUUGUGAUGUGCAAAUUUCAGCAUGGGUUUCAUUGAGGUUUUAAGUUGCUUUUUUAUUGUUUCCGGGGGGGGGGUGGUUUUGUUUUUGCGACAGUACGCGCCCAAAGAUCCAAAUUUGUAUUUAAAAAAAACUUAGGAAAAAAGAUUAAAGAUAAGCAAAGAAACCCUCUUUUGUUGGGGGGGGGGAGAAGGGAGGGGAGCCAAGGCAUUUUCCAAGUUUUCAUGGGACACUUGUAAACCGAAACAAGUAUUUCCUUCCUCUAUGUGUGUCCCCUUGCGCCGGUGCUGAGCUCAGGGUGUGUGCGUGUGCGUGUGUGUGUGUGGCUGACUUCUUUUCAACCUAUGUCCACCUCUUUAUACCCACUCCUCCCCCCCAAAACCCAUGUUUCCCGUAGAUUUGGAAACUUCUGUACAGCUUUGUGGAUUGUGCAAAAGAGAAAAAAAAGAGGAAGACACUUCUUUCCCCCCUCCACCCCCCAGAAAUCCUGUGUUGUCAAUUACUGAUCUGAACUGUGCAAGUGUUUGCAACUGAAUAGACCAGAUUUGCUUGGAGACAGAAACACACCUCCGAUUUUACCAUAUAAGCUCCUUGCCUGCUUGAAUCCUUCCCCAGGCCAAGUUGCCUUCAUCCGCCACCCCCAAUGCCCCCCCUUUUUUGCUUCCCCCCUUCCCCUGCACCCCAACUGGUCUUUUUGUGUAUUUAGGAAGGAAUUUUUAAUAGACACUUUUUUAUAUUAAAAGAAACCUAUAUAUUGA